CAUUUAACUUGAAGCCCUCAUUUAGGAUCGCAGCAUUCAAGAUGAACAGAAAACCAACCGCACCAACUGGGAAAACUGAGGAAGAAGCUGAUUAUGUUAACUCAGCAGUACACACAGUGGAGAAAACAGCCACCACUCCAGACCAGAAGUUUGGCUCCUUCACUCGCUCUUCUUCACCAGUGGCAGGGUGUUGGGUGAUACUGAUCGUUAUCAUGGCCCUUCGUAUUUACUUUACUUCAGUCAUUUCUGAAAACAACGGCAUGCUGAGUGCAGAAAACCAGGAACUGAAAAACAUCAUCGACAAACUGAACUCAACUGUCAACAAUCUGACAGUCCAGUUAGACAACCUGAAUAAAUCCUAUGCUGACUUAGAGAGUAACAACACGGACGUGAUUGCAGAAAACCAGGAACUGAGGACACACAUCCAGCAGCUGGAGACACAGAAGAAAAACUUGACUGAUAUGUUAGAAGACAUGGAGACAGAGAGGAAUGAGCUCAAUGUGAGUCGAGCUCAGUGGAGCAUUGAUCAAUACUGCCCCAUAGUGGGAGCUGUAAGACAGUGUAAGUCUUGUCAGGCAGGCUGGAUACAGGACGAGUCCAGCUGCUACGUGAUUAUUGAUGAAAGACCUCCUAAUCAGAAAACCUGGGCUGGAGCACAAGCGGUCUGCAAGGAAAAGAAUUCAGAAUUGCCUGUUAUAAAUAAUGCAACGGAGAAGCAAUACAUCCAUACAAUCAGUUGGUACCGUCCAGGAAUCAAUGGAUACUGGAUUGGCCUGAGAGUUGUAGAUGGGAAGUGGACGUGGGUCGAUGGAAGUAAUCUGACUGACAUCUCCUGGAUACAACCAGCGACUCCUACUGAAGGUCACUGUGCCAUUUCUGUCCAGAACCAAGGACUGAAAUCAGUGAGCUGCAGUGAAAUGAACGCAUGGAUCUGUGAAAAGAAGGCUUUGUCUCUUACACCACCUUAGUGAAACUUGAGAAGGUUACCAGAUUGUGGUGCAGUGGUUAGCGCUGUAGCUUCACAUCAAGAAGGUCCUGCACUGGAUACCUGACAGACAGCAGACAUUCAAAUGGCUCAAUCGCUGCAAAAGAAAAGGUAGCAGCUGCUAGCUUGUUUGCAAAGCUCUAUGCCAUUAGCAACCAGGUUAUUUUUAGCAGCACUUGCCUUGCAAACUUGGAGGUUGUUGGGGAUUUUAGAAAGAGUACAUAUGCAGAUAACAGAAGGAAGGGGGAAAAUUGUGUCCAAUUACAGGCUUCAUACCAACAGUCUACAUCUGUCUACUUCAGCAGGAACAGACUCUUUCAGUUUCUAACCCAGUUAGCACAAAGCACACACGCUCACAAGUAAAACAGCUGUAAACAAAGUUCCUCAAUCUGAAAACUCCAUUGAUUGAUUGAUGGUGUGAUUGUGGCAUUCAGCAGAGUUGUCCAUGCAUGUAUAUAUUGCACUUUAAAAGCUAAGAGAACUUGUUGAAUGUAACUAACUAGCUAGACUAGACUAACACAUAUCUCCCUGCUGGCCAUGAAGAACUAUAUCAGGCUGUUGCUGUUCCUUCAUGUGUUCAGCUGUCUGUUUAUCUUCAAGCAUAUUCCUGUUGUAUUUAAUAAAACUGU